AUGGUGCGGUCUGGUCUGCUCAAGGGUGUCCUUACUCUCAUCGUCUCGACCGCGGUGUCAGUCCUGUUUGUCGCUGCACAAGAAGGCGACUUUAAGGACCCUGGUAAUUUGCUUCCCGAUGCGUCAGUGUCAGCAGAAAUCGUAGCCAAGGAUAUAUCGUCCUUGGCAGGUGUCGGCGCCGGCGGCAUAGAGUACCUACCGUUCUACUUCUACGGCCUUGUAUAUGCACAGCUUAUACCUGUACCGGAAGGCCCGAUUGAGCCACCUACAGACUGGUCCAUCUAUGGCUUUGGAGAUACGGCCUUCAAUGAGCUGUUCAAAGAGACAUUAAAGGCAAUCAAGGACCAAGGUAACGGCUUCAACAUAGAUUUCGCCCUCGGCCCCAAUCAGGGCGCUGGCGUGCCUAGUGAGCCUGGAACAGACGGUCUAUCGUACGAAAUAGUACCAGGAAAUGCAACAGUGACAGCAGGGUUCUCGGGUCCAGUACCACCACCAUAUCUCCCACCAAUUCUUCAAGGUGGUCUCGGGUUUCAGGGACAGUUAGAGCAAUUCGGUCAGGCAAAUCUCACCGCUGUGUUCGCCCUCAAGGUCACUGGCCAAACAACCCGCCCGGUUUUCACAUAUGGGGUAGGCGAAGUGGCGAUGCCGGUCUUCAUCCUAGAUGAGGACUCGUAUAUCGACCUGACACCAAACGUCUCGGUGAACGGGCAGCUCGAAUGGACGCCUCCGGCCGAUGGCGGCAAUUCCACGUGGAAACUUUUCAGCUACUGGCAAAGAUACACCAACCAGCGGGCUUGCCGGGGAGGACUCAACGCAAGCACGGUCAUUGGGAAUGGCUCCUGGACAGUUGACCACUUCAGCACCGCUGGCGCGGUGAAGGUCACGGAUUUCUGGGACCAACAAAUCCUUAGUGACUCUGAGACUGCUGAACUGCUCACAGAAGUUGCAAAGUACUCAUGGGAAGACAGCAUGGAAAUCCUGGCAGCUCUCUAUUGGACCCCAGACUUUAUCUCACGCUUCGAGCAAGAGAUGGGUUAUAGCAUCAUAAAAUACCUACCAUUGCUCUACAACCCCAAAAAUACUUGGAAUGGCGGCAUCAACGCUUAUCCUGAGCUCUACCAGUACGGCAAAUAUACUACUGACAACACCAGCGUUCACGACUUGGACUAUCGCACAGUCUUGACAUCGGGUUACCAGGACUAUCUCGACCAUUUCAAGGAGUGGUCUCAUGCACGCGGAGUAGAGUAUUCCACUCAGCCAUCCUACAAUCUGCCCCUGGAAAUGCUGCGGAAUAUUCCGUCAGUCGACGCUCCCGAAGGCGAAUCAUUGGGAUUCGAGGACAGUGUGACUUCGUACCGCCAACUCGCCGGGCCCGCCCAUCUUGCAGGGCGAAAUGUUAUUUCAAGCGAGAUGGGUGCUGUCUCUGGGCCAGCCUUCAACCUGACCAUCCCGCAGUUUCUGUACCACGGCAAGGCAGGUCUUGCUGGUGGCAUCAACCAACAAGUGCUCCACGGCGCACCAUACUCUGGGAACUAUCCCAACACCACCUGGCCAGGAUAUACGACCUUCUACUAUCUCUACAGCGAAAUGUGGACGCCAAACUUACCGACUUAUGGAUCAGGCCAUCUCAAGGACACGCUGGACUGGUUCGGCAGGAAUCAGUGGGUGCUCCAACAAGGUGUUCCCAAAAUGGACCUUGCUGUGUACUACUACGCAGCUCCUUGGGCACCUGGUGAUGAAGACGCCUUUGGUGGUGUGAACGGACUGGGCGCAUUGGGAUACACGUACGAUUACCUCAGCCCGCAGAAUCUACUCCUCCCGCAAGCUAUUGUUCGAGACGGAGUUUUGGCUGCGGAUGGGCCGUCGUACAAAGCACUCAUCUUUUCUGGCCAAGAAGUCAUCACUUUGGAGGCAGCUCAGGCGGUGCUCGACUUUGCCCAGGCUGGGCUCCCUAUCAUCGUCGUCGGCGAUGCUUCGGCACUGCCCAACCAGACUUAUCCAUCAACGGAUGUGGAUCAACUUUCCAAUAUUACCGCGCAGAUAGCACACAGCCCAUCGGUCCAUUUUGCCGCGUCGAUUGGCGAGAUAUCUGGUAUUCUGUCUGGAUUAUCGAUCUCGCCAAAGGCGGGUCUAAACUGCACAUCUAAUCCCGUCUACCCGGUCGUCCGAGGCGACGUGAACAACAGCACCGAAUAUGUCUUCUUGUACAAUGACCAGUACAUUCCUGCCGACUGCAGUGUCUCAUUCACUUCCGCUGCUGGAGGCAACGCCGUGCCGUUUGUAUACAACGCUUUCACUGGAGCACAAGAAGAGCUGGUCGAGUAUACAACCGACGGAUCAGUGUACACUCUCCCAGUGAAUCUAGCAGCAAACGAGACAACCAUCCUGGUAUUCAAGUCCGGCUCAGAUACGAACAGUACCAACAAGCCGUACGUCACCUCCUCUAGUGAAAAUGUUGCGUUCAUCAGUCGCAGCAACUCGAGCGACACCUCGGUCCUCGCAACAGUCACCACCUCCGGCUCGGCAAGCAUCACGUUCGACUCCGGAAAGACCACCACAUUCGACGUCUCCCUCCCUGCGACGCUCGACCUGCCCACAUGGGACAUCGAGAUUGAAGACUGGCAUGCCCCAGAAGACCGCUUCGACGUCGAGGCCGGCACCGCCAUUACCCUGCACAACUUCACCGACCAGGCCCUCGUGCCCUGGACGCAGCUCGGCGCCGGGUUUGAGAGCGUGAGCGGGGUGGGGCGCUACACCACGCGCUUCACCGUGCCCUCUCUACCGAGUAGUAACUCCUCCUCCAGCGGCCCUUCUUCGCGGAUCGGAGCCCUCCUCUCACUGGGUCCAGUGGUUAACACCAUCCGCGCGAGUAUUGACGGCGUCCAGCUCGCCCCGAUCGACCCGGCGCGGCCGGUUGUAGACAUCUCGGGCUACGUGGCCGAGGGUCAGGAGCAUGAGCUCCAGGUCGAAGUGACCACGACGCUGUUCAACCGGAUCAAGAGCGUGGCAGACCAGGUCCAGGUCUGGGGCCAGGUUGCAUCGGCCCAGCAGAGCAGUUAUGCCACACAAGGGCCCUAUGAGUAUGGGCUGUUAGGUCCGGUCACCUUAGAGUGGGCUGCCAUUGCUGAGAUCGAUACUGGCGGCUUGUGA